UGUGUCGGAGCAAGUGACGGGAAGCAUAUAGCUAUUAUUCGUCCACAAAAUUCAGGCUCGUUAUUUUAUAACUAUAAAAGGUUUUAUAGUAUAGUUUUAAUGGCAUCCUGCGACGCUAGGUAUACGUUCACCUCUGCCAGCAUUGGUAGCUAUGGCGGACAAAGUGACGGAGGUGUCUUUCAGCAAACUAAAWUUGGUCAAGCACUCUUGGAAAACAAAUUGCCACUACCACCAAGAGCUCCAUUAUGGAAUGAAUCCUCAACAGAUUUUCCACAUUUUUUUGUGGCCSACGCAGCGUUCCCAUUGAAGGAAAACUUAAUGCUACUUUACCCCGGUGCACAGCUGCCACGAAACAAAGCAAUUUUCAAUUACCGGUUAUCCCGAGCUCGUAGAGUAAUCGAAAAUAGCUUYGGUAUUUUAACUGCUCGAUGGCGUGUUCUACGAAAGGUAAUAGACUUUAGCCCAAAGAACUGCGAAACAAUUGUGUUAACCUGCUUGGUUCUUCACAAUUUUGUAAUGUUGAAUGACCAUGAUCGUUAG